AUGUCGAACGCUUCUCCCGCAGAUAUCAUUACCUAUAUUGGCGUUCCCCUUGCUGUGAUCGGUGUGCUCCCAAUACUUUACACAUGUGCGCGCGCACUCCUUGUCCUUCGCUCGAUUCGCAAAGUCCUAGCGCAAAAUGGACACUCCAACUCAGCAGUUACAAGAGGGAGCAUGAUGUCUGGGAUCGUUGAGGUUGAAUUGCCUCGCUAUACUAUAACACCUCUUGACCGGGAAGAAGACGAGGAAUAUUGGAAACUUAAUUUAAACCGGUCUAGCCUUCUAGGAGGCUCAUGGUCGUACUUUCACUGGAACUGCCUAGUAACGGGCAAAAAGUUAUAUCGAAUCCAAUAUAAAGACGAGCUACUUGUCCCUCAAGCAGAAAUAGAUUUCGAUGAGUUGGUUGGAUUCCUGCUAGAUCGUGGAGCCAUACCCGAUGAAAAUGGCUGGAACAUGCUGAGAACGAGUGGACUGUGGGCCCCGGCCGGAACUGUCCUGCUACGGUCGCCCCUGAACGGAUUUGGUGCUGUUUUGAGAACGAGUGUGCCUGAUGAUUCAGAUGGUGUUCUGAGCCUCAAGGUCCAUUGGCAAUGCGAUUGGGACAAACGCGAUAAACAUUGCCUACCACCCUUUUGGAUGCGCAUCCAUCAACCCAGGCUGUUCGGCGGUGGAACAUCCCCAAGCCCUGGAUCUAUUUCAAGGGAAGUAAUUGGAAAUAUUAAUGAUAAAGAUGGCGCAGACCUCCCAUCCGGUGCCAGCGAACCUGCAAAUCUAGCUACAGUGCCAACACUACUGGCCCAUCUCGAGGAAAAACGUGCUUCGCUUGACAGCACCGAUGCCCUUAGCGACAGUAUACGUUUCCGUAUCGAAAGUGAUACCAUUGAGAAAAUUUACUUCGAGCAGGGCCAUUCGCUCACCGGACGAACGACAGAGAUGGGUUAUUCGGGAGACGCAAUCACCCAAUGGUUCGUUUACACUGCCUCGUCACUAGGCCACAUUGAAAAAGCAGGAACCUGGAGCUUUGCAUUGCCACAAAAUAUUUUACUGGCCGUAAAUAGGGAAGCGGUCCCAUGUGGUGUGAUGGAGUUGCUAGAUAUCAUGCAAGGAGACGAAUUGCCGCACUGGGCAUCUCCACGGCCACAGUUUAACGACCAUAUGAAAUUCCAUAACCGGUUCCUUGAAGAUAUGAGAGCAAGAGAAGUUGAAAAAACGAUGCCACCAGCACAAGCUGAGGCUUCUCGUCGGGCCAGAGAACAGGCCAAAUGGGCGGCAAUGCGGAAUGAUCAAACCGAAGAAAUCAGACUCAUGCGUGAGUAUGAAGAGAAGCGUGGGAUGGAGGCAUUGACGUCCCCAAAGUUGAAUAACAAGGACAUUGCGGAUGCAUGCUUGAGGUGGUUGGUGAGCAACAAUCACGUUCCUAAAACGUAUCAGAUCAAGGAUUUGGCCAAGGCAGUGUUAUACCUGAUGGUUCUAGAUUCCAACCAAGCCAAGUUAAUUGCCCAGGUGUGUGAUCGUUGGACGAUCUGGCAUCAGUCACCAGGCAUGAAUCGGUCGGAGAUAGAAUUCUUACGAGGGAAUACGGCUAAUUUCUGUUAUGCCUCUUCUAUAAUAUAUACUAUCCAAAUAGCGGCACGGUCAGAGGCUCAGGUGUCUACUGAUAUGCAAGAAUGCCUCAAGGUCUGGAAGAAAGUCCGGCUCGGUUGA